AUGUACGGGGUAGAAGCUGUGACACCAGCCAAGGUAAACUUAUGCAGUGCAAAAAUUGCAACAUUUGCCCUCCCCCAGAAUGAAAGAUUAAUGGUAGAGCAUCUGGAUUUGCUGGAAGAAUACCGGGAAGCAGCAACUAUAAGGCUAGCCGAAUAUCAGCAAAAACUUGCCCGACGCUACAACCGGGAUGUAAAGAUGAGGGGAUUCGGUGCUGGGGACCUGGUGUUAUGGAAAGCGAUGGGGAACAUGCGGGAUACAGAUGCUGGGAAGUUAGCCCCGACCUGGGAGGGGCCUUAUAGGGUCACUGCUAUUGCAGGUGCAUUUAUCCUUAAUACCAUUAAUUCAUCUAGAGGCACUGCUGGUCAGUAA